AUGGCGGCCGUCGGCACAGCCCAAGCCAUGGACAUAGAGCCACAGUUCCGCGCGCCGCAGUACCACUCGCCGCGCCAAGACCCGCCCAACGUCGUUAACCUUGCUGACGCCACAAUGGAUGAAGUCGGCAGCCCGGACCGCAUGCCUCGCCGUUCCCCCCUGCCGCCCUCAUCAGGCCACGACGCUCGCUCGUCUCCGACCUCUUGCGAGCCGCUCGUUCCGUCCAACGCAGGCAGCUAUGACCCCCGAAGCGGUUACCAUGUUACUCCUAGUAAGACCGCGUCGCCUCCCAGGCGGGACUCGAAUUCCCUGUUUUCUCGCCGCAACCGCGGGGCGCUCAGUCCACUGACCACAUUUCAAUCCCCUUCCACCUCCGCCCACGCUUCGUCCGCUUCCGCCGCUCCGCUGGAUCUAGAAUCCGCCGCGCAAGGCGGCUUUGCCCCUGCCGAUGGGGGGCGGAGCUCCCGUUCCCCCUCCCCCCGCCUUUUCCAGCCCGCCACAGGCACCGACUCCCCGACAAUCUCCCCCGACCAUCCGCGCACCGGACUGUACCUGGGACCCGCGCCGCGGAAUUCCCCGCGCGCAGUGGCGGGCGGCGGAAUGCCGUCCGCGCAGCGUGCGGGUUCGCCAGCUGGUGUGGCAGGUGGCGCGGGGACUGGCGCGGGACUUCCGGUGAACCCCUUCAUUCUGGCGCACGGGGGCUGUCCGCGGUCCCCCAUGCGCUCCCGCCAACAGCUUACCGCGCAUGGCGGCUCGCAGCGCGCAAUCGCGCCAUCUCCGCUCUCUGAGCUGCUUAAUACGGGAGGUUCGAAUCGGUUGGAACCCCAGCCUGACUCACUUGAAGCAGACUCAUUACAAGUACAGAUUCCGAGUAAUGGUCGAUCGCAACACGGCCAGCAGAGGGACGAGCAUCCGCAAGAGCGCGACUUGUUCUUGGAGCAGCAGUUCCAGCAGCAGUCACAGCAGCAAGCGCGGCAGCUUUACUCCCAACAGAGCGUGCCGUCCGCCGUGCCGUCCGCUGUGCCGCCGCAUCGAUCUCCGCGAUCGUCGUCGCUCGACAGCUACGACCAAGUCAUCGCGUCGCACUCGCCUCGCGGCGAUUACGGCGGCACGUCGCACGCGCCCCUCGCGCAUCGCGCGCAGCUGCCCUCCCCCAAGCAACUCCACGCGCCUCUCAACCCGCACGCGUCGCAAACCACUCCGCCGCGUAACGGUGCGCCAGACCACAUUUCCCCCUCCCGCGGCGGCGCGGGGCCGCCAAGCGCCUGCGCGCCCAUCGCCACCCCCCGGCCGGUCCGCCCGGCCCAUCGGCGCACAGCCUCCGCUUCCGCCGCCUCCGCGCUCCUCCAGCACAACUUCUCCGCCGACAUGCAUGAGGGCAGCUCCUCCCCGCGCCCCGCUUUCUUCUCCCGCCCGCCUCCCUCCCCGCGCCACACACCCACGCAGCCUAUUGCGCCAUCCGCCGCAGCAGCGCUCGUGGCCGCCGCUUCCGCGGGAAGCGGACCCGCGACGCCGCGGGGAGCCUCUCCGCGGAGGAGCUCCUCGCCCGCGGGGGUGCGCGCGGUGAACAGUGCGAGCCGCGCCGUACAGGACUUGCACGCGCGGCUGCUAGCUGCCGCCCAGAUGAUUGCCGACGGGGACACGGCGGGCGCAGCUGCUACGGCGGAGGCCGCAGCGGCUGUAGCGGCGGCAAUACAGCAGCAGCAGCAGCAGCAGCAGCAGCAGCAGCAGCAGCAGCAGCAGCAGCAGCAGCAGCAGCAGCAGCAGCAGCAGCAGCAGCAGCAGCAGCAGCAGCAGCAGCAGCAGCAGCAGCAGCAGCAGCAGCAGCAGCAGCAGCAGCAGCAGCAGCAGCAGCAGCAGCAGCAGCAGCAGCAGCAGCAGCAGCAGCAGCAGCAGCAGCAGCAGCAGCAGCAGCAGCAGCAGCAGCAGCAGCAGCAGCAGCAGCAGCAGCAGCAGCAGCAGCAGCAGCAGCAGCAGCAGCAGCAGCAGCAGCAGCAGCAGCAGCAGCAGCAGCAGCAGCAGCAGCAGCAACAGCAGCAGCAAUGGCAGGCGCAACAGCAGCAGCAGGCGCACCAGGCGCAGCAGCAGCAGCAGGGAGGGGGGAAGCGGCAGGGCCGCGCAAUAGGGAUUUCGGAACUGCAGAUGGAGCGGGGGGGCGCGCAAGGAAGCUCCGCGCCAGGCGGGAGUUUCCCGUUGAGGGGAAACUCCCCGCUGAGGCAAGCUGGCGGCGCAGCAGCGGUGGGGUUAGCGGGCCACGCGGAGAGGGCAGGGGGAGACGCGGCCGGCGCAGAAAUGCGCACAGGCGAAGCAGCCGCGGGGGGAGUCUCCCCCACGUCUGAGCGCGCGGAGCAGCUGAAGCGGCGGGGGAGCGUGAUGCUGGGGGAAGAGGAGAUGCGCGCCCUCUCGCACAUGUCCCUGGGGGUUCCCUCAGGAGGCGUCGCGCGUUCAGGUGGAAUUUCAGGUGGAAUUUCAGGUAGGCGCGCAGGCGCAGGUGACUUUGUAGGUUACUCGGGUGCUGGUAACGGGGGAACUAGUAACGGGGAUGCGGGGGCGUGCAAUCGUCCUGUGAAGCAGCGGGUGUCCACAGGCCAUCGAUCCGCCUCCAGUGGCGUUGGCAGUGGCGGGAGCAGCAGCGGGGGGAGUGGUGAUUAUCCAUCCGCGCUUUCCGCUGCAGCAGCUGCUGCGCUAGCCGCAGCAGGGGCUCCAGUGGGGAUUUCCUUAGGGGAAAUUACUCAGAUAGCCCAGAAAUGGAUGGAGCUGCAGGCGGGGGGGGGGCUGGGCGGGUACGUGCACAGUUCACCCUCGCCUUCCGCCGCUGCUGCCGCCGCCGCUGCCGCUGCGGCCGCACGCGCUUCCGCGUCUGUCGCUGCUGCUGAUGUGGCGGCGGCAGCUCGCGCACAGAAAGCAGCAGCGGAAGCGGCGGCGGCGGCAGCAGCAGGAGGCGCAGGAGGCGCCUCGUUAGGCGGCGCUUCUCCCGUCUCCGCGGCAGCAGCGCGAGCAGCAGCCAAUAGGAGAGCGGCACGUCACCGGCGCACAGGCAGCGCGGAUUUCGUACUGAAUAACCCGGGGGAGGCGCUGAAGCCCGCAGGCCCCCUGCGCCAGACCCUCAAGCGCGCCAGCGCCAGCGGGGGCGUGAGCGGGAGCGGGGGCGGGGGCGGGGGGGGUGCGGGGGGCGGGGGUGGGGAGCAGCACGUGGCGCUGCAGGCGCAGCUGCGCCUGUCCGGGUACCACCUGGAUCAUGUCUCCCCGCCCAGCCUCGCCAGGCUGCUCAACCAACCCGCCUUGGGGCCUGUGACAGGAGGGGUGGGCGCAGUAGCUUGGGGCGCAGGGGCAGGGGGAAGGCGAGGAGGGGCGGCGGGCGCGGGGGGAGGGGGCGGAGGCGGGGGCAUUGGGGGCGGAGUGGGAGUGGUGGGGAGGCAUCGGCCGUCAUCGUCUAUCUCAGGGUUUGCAGGAGACAGGCUGGUCACGGCUGCGGCGCUUGCGGAGGCGUCCAAACACCUUGCUCUCGCCUCCGCUGCUGCCGCGGCUGCCCCUCGCACUGCCGCUGCUCCCAACGCUGCUGCUGCUGCUGCUGCUGCUUCUAAGGCGCUGGCGCAGAGUCACAUGGGGCAAUCCGGGCAGAACCAGCAGCAGGCUCGCCUGCAGCCCCAGGUGGUUCCUCAGGUGUUUUCUCAGGUGGUAGCGCCACACCGCCAGCAGCAGGGGCGGCAGCUGAACGCUACACUGGGCGCGGGCGUGCGCAAGCCAGCGAGUUUUUCGGGCAAUGUGGCAGAUGUUUUCGGGCAGUACGAGGGGCUUCCGCCACGGGACCACGUUCUUAGGAAGGAGUAUGGGGAGAUUAAAGGCCUAUUUGUUCUGCAUAGUAAGGAGCUGGGCAGCGGGCAGUUUGGAAUUAUUCGGCCGUGCAUGGAGGUGGCAACCGGGCAGGUGUUUGCUUGCAAGACAAUCAACAAGAAAUGUAUUCAGACGAAGGAGGACGCGGAGGACAUCCGCAAGGAGGUGGCGUGCCUCACGCUGCUGCGCACCCACCCCACCAUCGUCACCCUUAAAGACACCGUGGAGGAUGAAGAGAACAUCCACAUAGUGAUGGAGCUGUGUCAGGGCGGCGACCUCUUCGACCGGGUGAGCAGCAGCGGGCGGCUGUCGGAGCAGUGUGCCGCCCGGCUGUGCCGAGCGCUGGUGGAGGCGCUGCUGCACUGCCACUGCCACGGCAUCCUGCACCGCGACAUCAAGCCCGAAAACAUCCUGCUCUGCGACCGAUCGGAGAACUCAAGGAUCAAGCUCGUGGACUUUGGGGUUGCCACCUUCUUUGACCCUGGCAAGCGGCUCACGGAGGUGCUGGGCACGCCAGAGUACAUGGCGCCAGAGGUGCUGCUGCAGUCAUACGGCCCCGAGGCCGACAUCUGGUCGGCGGGCGUCGUCUUAUACAUCCUGCUGUGCGGCGUGCCGCCCUUCUGGGCGUCGACACGCAAGUGCGUGGCGGAGGCGAUUCUGAAGGGCUCUGGACGAGCGGCGAGGGCAGCAGGGAUGGGAGGAGAACGAGGCCUCGAGCAGGUUCAGUCGGUCGCGCGGGACACCCCACCCGUUGCCACGAAGCAUCGCUCCGUGUUUCGCGGUAUCUCGAGCGCGCUACGGUCCAACCGAGCUCCACAGGCCGCCACUGGCGCCGCCGUUACAGCCUCUGACAGCAGCCGAAGUUCUAGUAGUGGGGGCCGCUCGUUAAAGUCGAAUAUUUCCGCGCCCGAGCGCAGCACUGUAUGGGACGCCCUUCAGAGGGCGCAACGCGGCGCAGCCACCGCAGCCACCUCAGCAGCUGCUAGCUCCACGUCAGAAUGUGACAAUCGGUCGUCAGACCGGGAAUUGCGGGAAGAGGAUAGGCCGCCGAGCCGGGAAACGCGGGGAGAGUCGCGGGAGGAGGAGUGCAGUAGUGGGGGCGAAGAGGUUACUUCUCGUUUUCGUGAGGAAUGGCGAAGCGAGAGAACGGAGGCGGAGGAAAGCCCGCACGGGCAGCAGUCGACGGCUGGAGGUCGCAUCAGCGCGCAGUCGCAACAGCAGGAACGGUCGAGAUUGCGGCAAGGGCAGCAGCCGCUAGGCCCGCCGCGAAAGGCGGGUUCGAACGAGCAGCAGCAGCGCCCUCCGCAGCAACCGCCGCAGCAUCCGCCGCUGCAGCAGCAGGUGCUGAAGCGCCAGACGCACGGGCAAGCUCCCCACGUCUCCCCUCAGGUCGCUCCGCGCGCGCGGAACGCGCAAGGCUUGGCUGAGGGCCUGGCGGAGGGGGCGGAGCGGUCGACCAGCGCGCCGAGGGUGCACCAUGAGCGGAGGGCCAGCAGCGGCGCAGCGCUUGCGCUGCCAUCGGCGCAGAACGCGGGUGAGGGGAGGAUGGGGGGCUUGCGGGAUGGCAGCCCCGCGAAGCCCAUAAGCGGACGCGGAGGAAGAGACGGGGCUUCCGCGCAAGCGGAUUUCGAGCCUAAGCGGAGCCACCUUUCCCCCAUGCAGCUCCCCCAAUCGCAGCAGGCAGCCAGUGCGGGCCCGCGGGCUGGAGUUGGAAAUACCCCUCCGCGUUUGAGGCUAGAUCGCAUGGCGAGCACGGGUUUCCUGGCGAUAAGCCCGGAGAACCGAUCCCCUGCCGCUACAGACAUGCUGGGGCGGCCGUUCCCCGUGAAGCAGGCUCCCUCCCGCUCCAGCUCCGAGGCCUCAGACGCGGAAGGGGAGGGGGAGCACGGAACGGGGAAGACGGGGGGAACGGGGAAGGGGGAAGCAAAGGGGGAAGCGGGCGUGCGCAGGGGGGAGGGUGCUGGGGGAGCGGCGCAGGGAGGGGGGAGUGGGGCGGGUGGGCCGGAGAUAGUGGUCGGGGAUGUGCUAAGCAUGCUGCCCGACAGCAUAACGAAUAUGUUCUUCACGAGUAUAAAGUCUGAGCCGCCCAGUCCAGUCCCUUUCGGAACCCCGAUAGCCAGCGGGACCAAUCAGACAGGCAGCGCGUCCAAGCAGGCGAUUAAAGACGUCUCUAGAGGGGCGGAAUCAGCAUCAGAGUCUGCUGACGGGCGCCCCGUUCAGGAUAUGGCGAUUGCGUUUGCUGUGCCCAACUCCCACAGCGACAGCAGCAGCACAGAAGACGUGUCCUUCCCCUUCCCCUCCUCCUCCUCCUCCCACGCCCACCACCAACCCCCCGACCAAACCCCUUCAUUCCCCUCCCGCGCGUCCCACCACCCCCCCAGGUCCCACCUCCCCUCGGCCUCAGUAGACCUCGACCCCAGAUCGCACCUCCCCUGGAACCAGCCGCCUGACGCCUCCCCCAUGAGCCUCGCAGGCUGGUUCCCCUCCUCCUCCUCUUACCAGGAACCUUCCGAGCACUCGAGUGAGGGAGGAGCAGGGAUGGGGGAGGGGGAGGCGGGGUUGGGCGGGGUUGCUCCGCGGACUCCCCCCAGGCACACCGUUUCGGGGGUUGAUCCGCGGACAAGCAGCCGCGUGUCCCCUGAGAAGUGGGGGAAUGGGGGGAUAGGGGGAGCUGGGGGGGAAGGGGCGGGCGGAGGGUUGGGGGGACUGCAAGGGCGGGGAGGAGAGGUGGGAAGGGGUUCGGGAAGGUGGAGAACGAUAGGGGUACCAGCCAGCAGGAGCGACGAGGCGUCUGAAGGCGCUCAGAGGAUCAGCGUGGGGGCGGGGAGAGGGGCACCAGAGCGACCUGCCACUGCCGCCCCUGCUCCUUCCGCCUCUGCCUACGCUGCCGAACGCGCUGCUGACGCUGCUGACCGUGCCGCUGCUGCGGCUGCAGCUGCAGCGGCUGCUGCUGCGUCUGGAGGUGCGGGCAUGGAUGGGGCUGGCACCCCCCGGCAGCGGCUAUUCAACCGAGCUAACAGCGACCCUGAGCCCAGAUCGCCAGGGGACCCGCGCCCCAACACCAGCAGCGGCGCGCUUGGGGGGGCUGCAGGCAGGGGGGAUGGCGGAGGGGGAGGCGGAGGGGGGCGCGGGGGCGGGGAGGCGUCACUGGCGCGGCAGGUGCUGAGCAAGUGGCGGCACAAGAUAGACUCGCGGCGCCCUGGCACCCCCCCCACUGUUCCCAAGAAGGACUUCCCCCCGCGCCCCCAUGCCCCUGGGGAGAGCCACCACCAGCAGCAGCAGCAGCACUCGCAGCAGCAUGGCAGCAGUGGUAGCAGGUUGAUGGCAGGUGGUGGGGCGGGUGAGGGAGGGAGCGGGGCAGGUGCUGCUUCGGGGGAGCUGUGGGGCGGCAGUGGGCGGCCUUUGUCGGCUGCUUCCCGCACGUCGUCCAACAUAGAAGGAAUGCUGCGCGGAGGGGAGGGGGGCGCGGGGAGGCGCUUGCAGAACGUGCGGAUGCAUGGAAAGGGGGGAGGGGGAGGGGCAGGGGGAGGGGCAGGGGGAGGGGGAGGAGAAGGAGGGGCGGAUGUGAUGCGGGUGUGGGGGGGGGAGGAGAGUGACGGGGAGGACGGUGCUUCUGCUGCUGCAAGUGUUGCUGGUGAUGGUGGUGCGUAUGGGAGAGAGGAGAGGGGCGCAGCAGCGGCCCCCCAUGGCGCUGGUUCGCGCGGGGGCGGUCCCCCAGGGGCAGGGGGGGGGCACCAGCGGCGCAUGUCAUGGCAGCAACCCCUGGAGCAGCGCGAGCAGCAGCAGCAGGCGCAGGUGUGGCAGAACCAAGGGGAGAUGGAUGGCGGGCAGAAGAGCGCUGCGCAGCAGAGGAUGCAGGGAGGGGGGAGAGGGGAGGUGGGAAUGGGCGGAAGAGCAGGGCCAGGGGGGAGAAUGGGGGGGAGAGGGCGGGGAGGUGGAGGGGCGGGCGGCGAGGGGAUGGGAGGAGGAAGGGGAGUGGGGGGAGGCGAGGUGGGGGGGGUGGUAGGCAGUGUGGAUGAGGGGUAUGGGGAGGAACGGCGGGGGCGGGAGAGGUAUGGGGGGCAGAAGGGUGGCGGGGGGGACUCGUCCCCCGUGGAGAAUGCUGCAAAGAACAUUGUGUCUAAAUGGCGCAAAUUCGUGAAGUCCCGGACGCCGGAUAAGGGAGCAGCGGGAGGAGGAGGAGGAGGAGGAGGGGGAGGAGGGGGAGGAGGGGGAGGGGGAGGGGCGGGGGAGGGAGGAGAUGGCGUGCAGCGGAGGGAGAGGGAGCGGGAGAGGGAGCGGGAGAGGGAGCGGGAGAGGGAGAGGGAGGGGGAGGGGGAGGAGAGAGGGAGAGGGGAUGAGGGGGAGAGGGGGAGGGACGUGGUGCAGCAGUUGGACUUCACUGGGUCGAGCAGUGGGGAGUGCCGUUCGUUCCUGCCCGCCAUCCACUCUCUCUCACUCACCCGCGUUCCCCUAUUUGCUGCCAACUCCCCGUCCCCCCCCGAGCAGCUGAGUGGCAGUGAAGCGCGCCUGCAGAGGCGCUUCUCAGACAAGUCCCGCGCCCCCCUCCCCCCCCAUGCCGCCCGCAACUCCACCCCUCCUCGCCUCGCCCCCCCUGCGCCCUCUGCCCCGCACCACUCCUCUCUCCGCCCUUCCUCCCCCUCCCUACGCCCCUCCUCCCCUUCCCUACGCUCCUCCUCCCCGUCCCUCCGCUCCUCCGCCCCCUCCCUCCGCCCUCCAUCCCCUUCCCCACGCUCCCCUUCCCCGUCCAUCCGCCCUCCAUCCCCCUCCAUGCGCCCCUCCUCCCCCCCCAUGUCCUCGCCCUCCUCCAUCACAUCAGCCUCUAGCUUCGCCUCUUCCUCUCUUGCCUCCUCCGCUGCCCCCCCCUUGCUCUCCAAGUUUCCCCGAAGUGCUUCCACUGCUGCCCCUAACACCACUGUAGGCCCGGUUUACUCCGACCCUACAAUAGCACCCUCCAGUCGCAACAGAUUCCCCAGGCCUCACGCCGAACCAGCCACGUCUACAGGUUCGGCAGGCUCUUCCUCGUCGCCGCCGCUUGUCAGGUCCGUUACUGCGUCGGGGUCAGGCCCGGGAGGCCUUGGCUCGGCCCAUGGCAAGCCGGCAGGUUCGGGGCGCAAGCCAGUGGACAUAUCUCAGGCCCUGAACAACCUGCUGUCGCUGCUAAGUCCCGAGGAGCAGCAGAAGCUGAAGCAGUCGUGGAGCCUUCUAGACAGCGGCUCGGCAGCAGGGGGAGGGGGAGCUGGGGGAGGUGGCGCAGGGGGCAUGGGCGCAGGGUUGUUGCUAGCGGGAGAGGGAGGGGAGGGGGUGCAUAAGCAGCUGAGCGCGCAGCAGGAGCAGCAGCAGCAGCAGAUGCGGCUGCAGCAGGUGAAGCAGCAGCUGCUGCAGCAGAGGGGCGGGCAGGCAGGGGGCAUGGGGGGGAGGGGAGCGGGCGCAGGGGGAAGGGCAGGGGGAAGGGGAGGGGGGAGGGGGCACAGACGGCAGCGGACAGAGGGGGGACUGGUGCUGGGCGGUUUUGGUGGGGAACUGGGGUUGGGGGAGACGGGGGUAGAGGGGGGGAAAGAGUUGGCGGAGAGGGGGGUGGAUGUGAGGGAGGGUGGGGGAGGGAGAGGGGUGGGGGCGGCAGGGAGAGGAGGGAGGGGCGGAAGGGGGGGGCGAGGUUCACUAGAUGACUGGGAUGGGGGGGUGGGACGGACAGGGGCAGGUGAUGUGAAAGGAUCGCUAGUAUUGGGCCCGGAAGGGACGCCUGGAGCAGCAGCAGCAGCAGCAGGAGGAGCGGGGGGACGAGGGGUGGGAGGACGGGGAGCAGCUGGGGGGAGGGGAGGAGUGGUGCGGGCGGGGGGAAGAGCGGGGGCGGGAGGGGAGGGGAGGGCAGGGAGGGGGCGGCACCAGCGCACGCGGUCAGACUUUGUGAUUGGCGGGGUGGAUAUGAGCCUGGACGUGGGCGUGGACAUGGGGUUGGGGGUGGGAAUGGGAAUGAGUACUACAGGGCGUGCUAGCAUGGAUGGUCCUGGGCUGGCCAGAGGGGCAGGCAGAGAGCACAGCGGCGCAAGAGAGGGUGCAGGGAGGGAGGGGGCGGGGAGGGCGCAAGCAGCAGGUGGGUUGGGUGGGGUGGGGAGAGGGGGGGGCGGCAAGGGGGACGGCGAGGAGCGGAAUGGGCGGCUGCUGCGGAGCCGGUCGGGCGCUGCUGGGCUGCUGGAGGCUCAUGGGGAUGGGGAGAGGAGCGAGAGGAGUGAGAGGAGUGAGAGGAACGAGAGAGCGGAGCAUGAGAGGCGCGGGAGGGGGGGAGAGGAGGACAGGAGUGUGUCGGUGGGGCGGCGGAGGGAGGUGGGGUGGGCAGACCUUGAUACGGAGGUGCAAGGGGGAAGGGGGGAUGCGAGAGGCAUGGGGGAGGCGAGAGGCAUGGGGGAGAGAGGCGUGGGGGGGAGGGAGACACUGUUGCGAGCAAGGUCGUCCCGGGAAGGUGGAGCGCGCGGGCUGCUACUGGGUGAUCUGGAAGGGGGUGCAGGGGAGGAGCGCACAGGCGGGGCAGCAGCAGCAGCAGCAGCAGGUGGGGCAGGGACGGGGGCGGUGGGUGGGGGGAGGGCGCGGGGGGAGCUGACGCGAUCCCGGUCUCAGAAGGAGGGGGGUUCCCGAGGGGUCAUGUUUGCUGAUACGGUGGAAGAUUCGUGGAAGGAGCAGGCUAGUGAGGGAGUGAGGAGGCGACUGUCAGAUCCACCGCGCGACCAUCACAGUCAAGGUCAAGCGAGUCAAGCCAGUCAAUACGGUCAAGGCAGUCAAGACAGCCAACCAAGGCGGCAUGCAAGAGAGGCAAGCGAGGACAUGGGGGACGAUGUGGUGGACGCCAGGCCCCUCGUGCACGUCCCCGCCCCGCUGCUGCCGCCCUCCCCCCGCCCGUCCCUGCCCAGUCAAGCCAGUCAAGGCAGUCAAGGGACGCAGCCAGGGCAGCAGCAGCAGCAGCAGCAGCAGGGUGAGGGGGGGUGGGAGCCGAGGCAGCAGGGGGCGCAGCAGGGGGUGCAGCAGCAGGGGGGGCGUGGGGGGAGGCAUGCGAGGGAAGAUUCAAUGGAUCUGGACGAUGACGUUGUGAAUGCCGUGCCCCUGGCGCCUCUAGACAGGGCCACUGCUGUUGUGGAUGAGGAAGAGGAGGGAGGUGAGUCGGUGAGUGAGAAGGGCAGCCCGGGGGUGAGCGCGGGGAGGAGUGGCGAGGGGGAGGAGCAGGAGGGGCGGGUGCAGCAGGGGCAGGUGCAGCAGCAGUCAGGGGGAGCAGAGUUGGUACACUCGCCACGGGUGAUAUCGCCGCGACUACCAGCAGCGGCAGGGGGGGCAGGGUUGGGGGCGAUGGGACUUGCAGCAGCAGCAGCACGGCGGCAGCAGCAUGUGAACCCGUGGCAGCAGACCCGCGAGAUGGAGGACAUUCUAAUGCCCUCCCGCGACCUCUCUCCCGCCCACCCCUCCUCCUCCUCCACUGCUGCUGGUGCCGGUGCUGCCGGCGGUGCGGGCAGGGGCAAGGGCGGCAAGGCAGGCAGCAGCAGCAGCAGCAGCAGCGCUGCAGUGCUGCGGUCGACCUCGGUGCGAGAAACCUCCUCCACACGCCCGGGCUUCUCUGUUGAAGUGCCCUCGCACCCUCACCACCACCACCCCAUGCACAACCACAUGGGAGCAGCAGCCGCGGCAUCAGCGGCAGCAGCAGCAGACAAGGACGGGCAGGUGAGUUCCCGAGGGAGCUCCCGACCCGACACGCCCGCCUCACGGCCUGACACGCCAUCCUCCCGCCCCGCCACGCCCUCAUCACCGGGGUUCAUCAUGACGCCCCGGGGGGGCCUGCGCCUGUCACGGCGCCUCAUGGGCGUGGAGGGCGCAGAGGACCUCAUGAGAGCUGCUCUUGCCCGCCUGCAGCACCACUCCCAUGCCGCCCCCUCAGGUGCCUCCUCAAGUGCUUUUCCAGGUGCUGUUGUGUCGCGGGAGGGGGAGGCGGCUGUUUACGGCAGCUGGGCGGGAGGAGGGCUGGCUGAGAAUGCUGCCGACUCGCUACAGUCCCUCGCCGGCCAGGUCUCUGCCGGCCGAUUGCUGGCCAGGCCAGGAUCCAGUGGAGGGAACCGGCCGGUCACUGUAGCCCCAGCUACAGUGGCCCCUGCCGCCCGGCCGUCCUCUCGUCCAAUGGCGAUGCGGCCGGCAGCCCUGGAUCUUCCUGCCGGCCGGCCAGGGUCACCAUUGGCUAGCGGGUCAACAGCAACAGCAGGAGGAGCAGGAGCAGCAGGUGGUGCCGGCACGCACCCCUCGCAUCUGCCCUCUGACUCUCUCAGUCCUCCCCUCUCCAGCAGCCUCUCCCCUGCUGGCCUCAGCUCCCCCGAAUCCGCCCUCUCUAGCCCGCCCCUGGCCGAGGUGGCAGUGUGGGCGCCAGGGGAAGGGGGUGGGGGGGGAGAGAGAAUGGGGUCUGGUGGGGGUGCUGCGGGCGGGGAAGGAGAAGGGCUGUCGGGUCAGUGGGAGUGUGCUCGCUGGUGGACGUGUGCUCGCCCGUGUACAGUGCCGAUGAGGGCAGCGUCGUCCUGGGCGGCGGCGGGCGGCGGUUGUCGCGGCAUUCCAGCCGGGCGUCUAUUGGGUCGCCUGAGGGCGGGGCGGGCGGGGGGAGAGGGGGGAAGCGGGGCGCGUGGGGGGUGGGGGCGAUUUUGGAAGGGGGGGAGGGGGGGGGUGAGUGGGGGGGGGGAAGGAGGGGCGGAGGGGAAGCGGGCAAGGGCGAAAGUGGGGGAAAGGGGGAGGGAGGGGGAGGGAAAGGGAGAGGAGGGUGAGGGGGAGGGGGAGGCGCAUGGGAGGGGAAGUCAGGAAGCUGAUGCCUUUGAGUUUGACAUGGACGAUGCUGACGUGGCAACACCCCGGGAUGACCCGGCUGGCGCUGACAUGACACGGGACGGCCGGCCCUCAGCCAAUGGGGCACUGCCAGGGGGGAUGGGUGGGGGCAUGGGGGGUAGCGGCAUGGGCAUGGAUGGUCAAAUGCAUGGGGCCAUGCAUGGUGAUGGCUCCCCACACAUGAUGAUGAAUGGCAUGCCCAUGCCUCUGCCUAAUGGCGCCCCGCAAUUUCCCGGGCAGAUUUUCCCCCCUGGGAUGCUCCCAGACAUGAACGGGCAGCAGCAGCUCAUCCCCGGGCAGAUGUUUCCGGACCCCUCUCAGCCCUUCCCCCAAGGAGACCAGCAAUUUCCCUUUCCCGGGCAGCCCUUCCCUCUGCCCGGAUACCCAUUCCCUCUCCCCGGGCAGCCCAUGCCGGAAGGCAUGCAGGGGCAGCUUCCUCCCGGGCAGUUCCCCGGGCAGCCGCCGGAAAUCCCCGGCUUCCCGGGCGGGUUUCCGGGCGGCAUGCUGCCGGGGCAGCUGGGCGGCAUGAUGCCGCCCGAGAUGCUCCCGGGGCUUCAGUGCCCGCGGUUCAUUCUGCGGCGCCCGUACCGCAGCAUAGAGCGCGAGUACAUGCUGCAGGAGAGGGCGCCCCUGGGCACGGGGCAGUUUGGGAUCAUCCGCAGCUGUGUGAAGCUCAAGACCGGGGAGGUGCUGGCGUGUAAGAGCAUCAGCAAGAGCACCUUCCAGUAUGCGGACGAUGCGGAGGCGGUGGGCAUGGAGGUGGCGGUGAUGGAGAUGCUCAACGGCCACCCCCAUAUCAUCCGCAUGUGCGACGCAUUCGAGGAUUCAAGGGUGGGUACUGGGGGGCAUGGUGUGCAUGGGGGGGGGCAUGGGGCCAUGGGGGGCAUGGAGGUGGCGGUGAUGGAGAUGCUCAACGGCCACCCCCACAUCAUCCGCAUGUGUGACCCCUUUGAGGACUCGCGGGACGUGCACAUAGUGAUGGAGAUGUGCACGGGGGGCGACCUGCAACGUGUAUUAGACGUGCACACAGACGUGCACAUAGUGAUGGAGAUGUGCACGGGGGGCGACCUGCACGACCGAGUGAAGACGCACGGCCCCUACAGCGAGGAGGGGGCGGCUGCGGUGCUGCGCGGGCUGGUGGAGGCGCUGCUGUGCUGCCAUGGGACGGGCGUCAUGCACCGCGACGUCAAGCCCGAGAACGUGCUCAUCUGCGACACGCAGGACGACACGAAGGUCAAGCUCAUUGAUUUCGGGGUCGCCACCUUCAUUGAGCCAGACGCGUCCUGCAUGGAGUUCGUGGGCACGCCCAUGUACAUCGCCCCGGAGGUCAUCACCGGCGCGCACGGCCCCGAGGCCGACAUCUGGUCGGCGGGCGUCGUCUUAUACAUCCUGCUGUGUGGCAUGCCGCCCUUCUGGGCGUCCACCAAUGAGGCCAUCUUCCAAGCCAUCAAGGAGAGCGAGGUGUCCUUCUCCUCGCCGCGCUGGCAGAGCAUAUCCGAGAGCGCCAAGAACCUUGUGAAGAGGAUGCUUACAAAGGAUCCCAAGAUGCGCAUCCUGGGUGCUCAAGUGCUCGAGCACCCGUGGGUGAAAUACAUGACUGAUAGGGAGGAGCCGUGA